UUUUCCUUUUCCUUUUCCACCUGCCUGGCGGCGAGGGGCGGCCCCGCUUCACCUGCCUCUGCUGCAGCUCCCCGGGGCGCCAGCCAGGAGAGGAGAGGAGAGGAGAGGAGAGGGCGGGUGAAGAGGAGGAGGAGGAGGAGGAAGAGGAGGAGAGGGACCCCUGCUCUCUCCCCCUCCUCAUCUGCUCCCCGCUCUCCUCGUACCUUCCCAGCUGCUGAAACCGCGCCUGCUCCGGGGCACCAGUUCAGCCCAGCCUUCUCCUGCCCCUCUACCAGCCUCAGCCGCCUCUUUCCUCCUCCUCCUCCUCUUCCUCUUCCUCCUCCUCCUCCCCUGCCCGCCUGUAUGGAGAGGGAGAAUGGCGGAUAGAGAGAACGGAGCCACGUCCCCGACCGGAUCCUCCCCGUUCCUGGGCUUGCACCUCGCCUCGCCCCCCAAUUUCAGGCUCACCCAUGACAUCAGUCUUGAAGAGUUUGAAGAUGAAGAUCUCUCAGAAAUCACUGAUGAAUGUGGAAUUAGCCUACAUUGUAAGGACAGUUUGGUUUCACGGGGCCAUGUCAAUCUGCAGGCCAGCAGCGUGCUGGGAGUGGGCGGAGGGGAGGCCAGCCGUCUCCAGGCGGAGAUGCUCCAGCUAGACCUCAUUGAUGCUACUGGAGAGACCCCAGGUGACGAAGGGACGGCACCCGAGCCCAUCAAUAAGGAGACGCCACCUGUCACCAUGGACACCUACCGGCCCAAGAGGCCCACCACCCUCAAUCUCUUCCCACAGGUGCCUCGGACACAGGACACCCUGAAUAACAACUCUCUGGGGAAAAAGCACAGUUGGCAGGAACGAGUGUCCCGGUCGUCAUCCCCUCUGAAAACUGGUGAGCAGACCCCUCCCCAUGACCACGUUUGCCUGAGUGAUGAGGUCACUCAUCAAAACAGCACAACCUCCACCAAAGAUCGAGGCACAUCUACGGAGAGCCCGUGUCGGCGUACAGCUGCCACGCAGAUUGCACCAGCCUGUGUUGUCUCCUCUCGUGUACCUGAGAAGCAACAGUCUACCAAUCGUCCCAUGACACAGAACCCCACUGUUGUGGUAGUGACAAGGGGGCCAGAAGCUUAUCGGGACCGCAUUCGCUACCAGACUGAUGUGAGACUGGAGGCUACAGAGGAGAUUUACUUAACACCAGUACAAAAGAAUUCUGACCCCCUGGAGUCUGAGAAGCCAUUCAUGUCACAGUCCAGUGACAACCGGAUGUCUAUCAGCUCCGACAUAGACACUUCCAGCUACUCACAACUGGCAGGAAAACCAAACACUUCAAUAAGUGAGGAGGAUGAGGUGUUGGACUACUUGUCCUCACCUGAAAAAGUGAAUGGAUCAAGAACUGUAUGUGGCAGCAGCAAUGGCAGCUACCGGCCUCGCCACAGCCUUCAGAGGGCAUCAGUGAGCUCUGACACCAGUGCCCUCUCCUAUGAUUCAGUCAAAUAUACACUGGUGGUAGAUGAGGAUGUGCAGCUGGAACUGGUCAGCCUGAAGCAAUGUUAUUCUGGUUACAGUGAUGAGAGUGAUUCAGCCACCGUCUAUGACAACUGUGUCUCUUCGCCCUAUGAAUCAGCCAUUGGGGAAGAGUAUGAGGAGGAUGCCCUGAAACGUGACUCUGUCUGUCUCUCUGAGGACUCCACCCCUGAGGCAGACAUCCAUUUCUCCAAGAAGUUUCUCAAUGUCUUCAUGAGUGGUCGGUCGCGCUCCUCUAGUGCUGAAUCAUUUGGACUCUUCUCUUGCAUUAUCAAUGGGGAGGAGCAGGAGCAGACUCAUCGCGCUGUCUUCAGGUUUGUGCCUCGUCAUGAAGAUGAACUGGAACUGGAGGUAGAUGAUCCUUUGUUGGUGGAGGUUCAGGCAGAAGAUUAUUGGUAUGAGGCUUAUAAUAUGAGGACAGGGGAUCGGGGUAUCUUCCCCGCUUACUAUGCCAUUGAGGUCACCAAGGAUACAGAUCAAAUGACAGAUUCAAGCAAAACCAAUGAUUGGGUGGAUCAAUUCCGGGUGAAGUUUCUUGGUUCGGUCCAGGUCCCAUAUCACAAAGGCAAUGAUGUGCUCUGUGCAGCUAUGCAGAAGAUUGCCACCACCCGCCGCCUCACCGUGCACUUUAACCCUCCCUCCAGCUGUGUCCUGGAGAUCAGCAUGAGGGGAGUCAAGAUUGCUGUGAGAGGUGACGAUUCCAAGGAUCCCAGUAAGGCAAAUAAAUGUAGCCACUUUUUCCAGUUGAAGAAUAUUUCAUUCUGUGGAUACCAUCCAAAGAACAACAAGUAUUUUGGGUUCAUCACUAAGCACCCAGCUGACCACAGAUUUGCGUGCCAUGUCUUUGUUUCAGAAGAGUCCACCAAACCACUUGCAGAGUCUGUAGGGAGGGCCUUCCAUCAGUUCUACAAGGAAUGUGUGGAAUACACAUGCCCCACAGAAGACAUCUACUUAGAGUAGGGGGCAGGCCUAGCCCCCUCCUUUCUGUACAGACAAGAGUCAUUCCCCCCAUUGUGCAUGGACAAGCCGCUUCAAGACUGGAGGAGGAGUAGGCAUGGGUGCCAUUUCCCUCAGUGCUCAAAGCCCUGCCUUCUUUCCUUUGGGGCGCUUUGGGCUCAAGAGAGUUGGGGACGGGUGGGAUGGGUGGACAAAAGGGGGUUUAUUAUUUUUAAUAUACAUAUAUAUAUAUAUAUCCUCUUUUGGUUUAUUCAUAGAGAAGUACCCCUGGCGGAAACAGGUGCUGCCGCUGCCGCACAGGUUUAGGAGGAGAGGAGGCGUGGGCACUGGAUCCAGGAUAGGGCUGGGCCUGUCACUUACUAUGCAUAUGAUUGGGAUGGUUAAGCACUAGAUAUAAAUAUAUAUAUAUAUAGAGAGAGAGACAGAGAGAGAGAGAGAGAGAGAUUGAGAGAUUUUCACAAGUUCUUGGAUAUCUGUUCUACACUAAGAACUGCUAUAGUUCCAACUGCUCUGGUUAACCCAUGGUAUGGUAGUUUGAUUGGACUGGAGUGCUGAAAACAACUGCCAUGGAAGAUUCAAUUGUAAGUUUCAGAAGAUAACACAAGUGAGGAAGGGAAUUCCUGAUUGGGAGGCAAUGGAGCUAGGAGUGGGAAUGAAGAGGAGAGGUUACAAAGAAUUAAAUUAUGGUGAAUUCUGUGCCCACAAGUCCCAAGUGAUGGGUAUCCUCUGGUAUCCAUGGAUGCUAUUCUGUGCCUGCAAAAAAAAAUCCUCUAAAGAACUUCUGGUGCCUGUCUCUCCCUUUCUUUCCUUUGAAAGAUAGGAGGGUUUCAAGCACACAGGCAGCCGGGAAGGGCCUGCGCCCUAUUGUCACCUACUGUUCCAGUCCCGUGCUCUGUCGUCCCUUUUUCCCCACUGCUCUUUCCAACUGCAGGGUCAGAGCUCAAGGGGGGGAAUCUGGAUCCUGCAAAAAGAAAAAGAAAAAGAAAGACUUGAGAUCCAGCGUGUGUGUCUGAUUCAUCUGUAUAAGGGGACCUGCGGGGAGCUCCAGUCAUAAGCACAAAACUGAAUCAGGAUUGGCUGGGUCCCACUGAGAAGCGAAGCGUAAGUGACAAGGGGGCUAAUAAUAAGAGCUGCAGAAAGGUGUGCCUUUGCCCUCCUCCCUCGUCCACCCGCUCCUUGCAGAUGGGAGUUCUGUGCUUCUGCUGGAUCUGCUCUGAUGAAAAACGAUGAUUAAAUGUUGAUGUUUCAAAGAGA